AUGGCGGCGAUACCCUACGUAUCGGUGCAGCCCAACUACGCCGAAGUGUUUUCGGACGUGUCGUCGUCGACCGUCGCCGGCGAAAAGGUUUGGCUCUCGUACUAUGCCGCCAACGCACCCUCGGCGAGCGUGCACAUCAAGCUGCCGCUCGUGCCGACAAAGGACGACGGCAAGGAUGCAGAAGCGCAGGGAGCGGUGCGACUGGGUGACGUCGAAUCGUCAGGCGGUCCCACGCAAGGUCUGAAGAUCAACAGGGUCGCGGCGAGCUGGUUGGACCUCGAGCUCGCGCAGUCCGAACAGGGCGACAAGACGCACACCAGAUCCGCACGCACGCUGCGCAGCUCCAUCGAGCUCGAUUCGGGGAUUCAGGUGCGCUUUGCAAAAAGGUCGCUCACCCGCUUUCUACCCACACUCGCGACGUCCAAGGUCAACGACAACUACACCAACUACCCCUCCAUCGAUGCAUUCGACCUCUCGCUCGGCAGCGCCGACGAGGAGCGCGACCUGUUUGUAGCAGGUGGUGCGGAAGGGGCGCUCUACACAGGUCGACUGGCGGGGCAAUUCGACGCGGACGAGGCGCGCGCCGCAGCGCUAGAGACGCUCACGGACGACGAGCGCCACAUCCUCUCUGGCGAGGCACCCGAUCCGGAGGAGACCAAGUGGGACCUUGAAGCGCGCAUCCGCUUGCACGUCAAUGCUGCCAAAUCGCGCGCAAACAAAAAGACAGCGCUCAAGGGACAUGUGGGCGAUGUGCGCUUCGCAAAGUUCUUCCCCUCGAAUCGCGUCGUGCUCUCCACCUCGUCCGACCUGACGUGCCGCAUCUGGGACGCGUUCACAGGCGACAAUCCACGCACGCUCCAAGGCCACAAGCGUGCGGUGCUCGGAACGGGCAUCAUCGGGCGCGGGCGCACACUGCUCACCGCGGGUGCCGACGGCUCGGUGCGCCUCUGGGACGUCGCCGCGCCCAAGCAGACUCGGCUGUUCGGCAGCGACCGCUACUCGGCGGUCAACUGCAUUGCGCUGCCCACCAUGGACAGCGCCGAUGCCGAGCAGUCGACCUUUGUCGCCGGCCUGGCUAGCGGCAGCUGGCAGAUGUUUGACCUGCGCACCGCCACCGCAAGUCUUACACAGACAAAGUAUGCCUUUCCGCCGGGCGAGGCGCCGUCGGCGUCCGACACUUGGACGCAGGCAUCAACCGCCGGCAUCACUGCCAUCGACACAGCCGACAAAGCCGUCGUCACCGCAACCACCAAUGGCAUCGUCUCGGUAUGGGAUACCCGUGCGCUCUCGUCUGCUCCGGAUGCAUCCGCAGAUCCCACGCAAGCGCCCCGCGGCCUGCUCACAAGCUGGCGCAGAAACAAUGCUGAGAUCACUUCGCUAAAGAUCGCUCCGCCCACGCGUGCAGGCGAUCACUUGGACGUGCUGGUGGCCACGCUCGAUGGACUGCCUUACCGCGCAGGCGUGGCGGGGAAUGCACCGCCUCAGGUGCGCCACGAGUACGCCGGCUGGGACUGCGACCCGACCAGCUGGAUCGGACUCGACGCUCACGGUCGUACGGUCAUCGCCGGCGCCGAAGGCUCCGUCAGGCGCUACUGA